GAUGUCCCUCCGCGGCUGCCGUAGGCCUCUUUGGAACAAAAUGGCCGCCUCUAUUGACAACGAUUUAAUUGAAAGAGAUUUGCCCACAGCUGUGCAGCUGCUGAGUAGUCUCACACAACAGGUGGCAGCAGUAACGAGUCACGUCCACCAGCUGAUCACUAAAGUCAGAGACGGAGCGUUUAGGACCCAGAAGGGUUUGUCUUUCCUGGACCUCCGCUAUCACCUGCUGCUCUUCUACCUGCAGGACGUCACUCACCUGAUCAGCAUCAAGACAGAAGGAGGCAAAAUAAAAGAGAGUGAAGCCGUCAACAGGCUGGUUACAGUCCGGACGGUCCUGGAGAAGAUGCGACCACUCGACCACAAACUGAAAUAUCAGAUCGAUAAACUGCUGCGCACGGCGCUCACCGGCAGUUUAGCUGAAAACGACCCGCUGCAGCUGCGUCCCAAUCCAGAGAACCUCCUCAGUAAACUGAGUGAGUCUGAGGAGUCUGAAGGUGAAGCUGAGAGUCAGACGGAGAAGAAAGCAGCGCCCUCUAGUGGCAGAAAAUAUGUCCCGCCAAAGAUCGCCCCGGUGCAUUAUGACGGCGACCUGACGGACGCAGACAGGAAGAAGGUUCAGUCGGAGCGCCAGCGGCGAGCGGCGCUCCGGAGCUCCGUGAUCCAGGAGCUGAGGCAGCAGUACAGCGACGCUCCGGAGGAGAUCCGAGACAGACGAGACUUCCAGAGCGAGCGGCAGAGCCGAGAGGAGCUGCACAGGAAAAACUACGAGGAGUCGAUGAUGGUGCGUCUCAACACGCCACAACGGCAGAAGAACGGCAGAAAGAGAGGCGUGAUGUCCAUGACGGGCCAGCUCGGUGACAUCACACACUUCGGUGACAUCACAGCACUGACGGGCGGCGAGGGAGGGGCGGAUGGAGUUAACCGCCCCAAGAAGAAGAAGAAACUCAUGAAGAAGAAAACCAAAAGAAAAGCCUUCAAGAAGCACAGAUAGACUGAAGUCUGAAGAACACCAACAGCAUCAAGAUAGUUUAUCAUAGUGAAUCAGUUGUGCUACAGUAAAUUAUUCACCUGCAUAGUGUAUGACUGUAGUCUGUGGAAUAAACAUUUGCUGUUGA